AUGUUCAUGGCAUCAAGAAUCCAGCGCCGUGCCUUCUCGGCUUCGGCUCGCAACCUGUCCAAGGUCACCGUCCUCGGUGCUGCUGGUGGCAUUGGCCAGCCGCUCUCCCUUCUCCUCAAGCUGAACCCUCGCGUCACUGAGCUGGCUCUGUACGAUAUCCGGGGAGGACCUGGUGUCGCCGCCGACAUUUCUCACAUCAACACCAAGUCCACUGUCAAGGGCUUUGACCCGACCCCCACCGGCCUGGCCAGCGCCCUCAAGGGUGCCGAGAUCGUUCUCAUCCCCGCCGGUGUGCCCCGUAAGCCCGGCAUGACCCGUGACGACCUGUUCAACACCAACGCCAGCAUCGUCCGCGACCUCGCCAAGGCCGCCGCCGAGGCCAGCCCCGAGGCCAACAUCCUCGUCAUCUCCAACCCCGUCAACAGCACCGUCCCCAUCGUUGCCGAGGUCUUCAAGGCCCGAGGUGUCUACAACCCCAAGAGACUCUUCGGUGUUACCACCCUCGACGUCGUCCGUGCCUCCCGCUUCGUCUCCGAGCUCAAGGGCACCGACCCCGCUGACGAGAACAUCACCGUCGUUGGUGGCCACAGCGGCGUGACCAUCGUUCCCCUGUUCAGCCAGAGCGCUCACCCCGACCUCUCUGCCAACGCCGAGCUCGUCAACCGUGUCCAAUUCGGUGGUGACGAGGUCGUCAAGGCCAAGGAUGGUGCCGGUUCCGCCACCCUGUCCAUGGCCAUGGCUGGUGCUCGCAUGGCCGAGUCCCUCCUCCGCGCCGCUCAGGGCGAGAAGGGCGUCGUUGAGCCCACCUUCGUCGACAGCCCCCUGUACAAGGACCAGGGCAUCGACUUCUUCUCCUCCAAGGUCGAGCUCGGCCCCAACGGUGUCGAGAAGAUCCUGCCCGUCGGCAAGGUCGACGCCAUCGAGGAGAAGCUGCUAGAGGCUGCCAUUGGCGACCUCAAGAAGAACAUCGAGAAGGGCAUUGCCUUCGUUGCUCAGAACCCCGGCAAAUAA